AUGCCCGCUCCCGGACGGGCAAGCACGGCCAUUCCUGCCGCCACCAGGCGCUCAGGUUUGCGCCAGCCUACUCGGCGAGCCGGAUCCGCAGUCCCUGAUCGACAGACCACGCCGUCUGCCUUUGCGAGACCAGCAGCACCGACCGCGCCCCGUCUUCAAAAGCCUGCCGUAGAGCAGACAGCACCAGUAACGAAAAGAAAAGACAGGGAAUUCGAACGUGAGAUCAACGAAGACACGAGCAUUCAUGUGGUCGUGCGGUGUCGAGGGCGCAAUGAGCGCGAGAUCAAAGAAAACAGCGGAGUCGUUCUGUCAACCGAAGGAGUGAGCGGCAAAAGCAUCGACCUAUCCAUGGGACCGAACGCAGUUUCAAACAAAACGUAUGCCUUUGACAAGGUGUUCUCGCCUGCAGCCGAUCAGACGAUCGUGUACGAGGAGGUCGUUCUGCCGAUACUGAACGAGGUAGGCUGCCUCGGUCAAUCCCAAAUACUCCCCAAAUUCGAUACUAACUUUGGAACAAAGAUGCUCGCCGGGUAUAACUGUACCAUUUUCGCAUACGGACAAACGGGAACAGGGAAGACAUACACAAUGUCAGGAGACAUGACAGAUACAUUGGGUAUCUUGUCAGAUGAUGCCGGUAUCAUUCCGCGCACGCUCUACUCCCUCUUCCACAAACUCGAAGAUACAGAGAGCACGGUCAAAUGCUCCUUCAUCGAACUGUACAAUGAGGAGCUUCGAGAUCUUCUCGCGGCGGACGACAACACCAAGCUUAAAAUUUACGAGAAUGAAAAGAAGGGCCACUUGGGCACAUCUGUGCAAGGAAUGGAGGAAACCUACAUCGACUCCGCCACAACUGGCAUCAAAUUGCUGCAAAUGGGAAGCCACAAGCGUCAGGUCGCGGCCACCAAAUGUAACGACCUCAGCUCACGAAGCCAUACAGUCUUUACUAUUACCGUCUUGAUCAAACGGACCACCGAGUCCGGCGAAGAGUAUGUGAGCUCUGGUAAGCUCAACUUGGUCGAUUUAGCAGGCAGCGAGAAUAUCGGUCGCAGUGGUGCCGAGAACAAGAGGGCUACUGAGGCUGGCUUGAUCAAUAAGAGUCUCCUGACUCUGGGCCGAGUCAUCAACGCGCUUGUCGACAAGAGCUCACACAUUCCUUACCGUGAGUCGAAACUCACUCGCUUGUUGCAAGACUCCCUUGGCGGCCGAACAAAAACAUGCAUCAUCGCAACCGUCUCACCAGCCAAGCACAAUCUCGAGGAAACAAUCUCAACACUGGACUAUGCCUUCCGCGCCAAGAACAUUCGGAACAAGCCUCAGAUCAACUCCUUAAUCUCCAAGAGCAAGUUACUCCGUGAAAUCGGCAUGGAAAUUGAAAAGCUCAAGAGUGAGCUUAUCGCUACACGUCACCGCAAUGGUGUAUAUAUGACACCCACCGCCUACGAAGAAUUGACCAUGGAGAGUGAAUCCCGACGGAUUGUGAACGAAGAACAAAGAGCCAAGAUAGAGUCCAUGGAAUCUAGUCUGAGACACAAAGUGCAGGAGCUGUUCUCGCUUACAGCCAAUUUCAACAGCCUGAAACAGGACAACGAACACACACAAACCAGGCUGAAAGACACCCGAAGUACCCUUGAGCAAACAGAAUCGACACUCAAGAGCACCUCAGAUAAGCUGGACGAAGAAACUGUAUUGAGGAAAGCCCACGAAGCCACAGAAAAGAAACUCCGUGAUGUCGGGGCCACACUUUUGUCAAGUCUGGACACGACUGUUGAGGACAUCCAUGGAUUGCAUGCCAAAAUUGGCCGCAAGAAUAUCCUCGAUAACGAGAACCGUGAAAUAUGGGAGGCGUCCACUGGCGAAGUGUCCACCGUCACCCACCAGAUUGAUGCACGAAUCGACGGCUUUCAGACCCAGCAUGCUGAAAUUCUCAGGAACAUGUCGAACAGAAUUGAUCAAUUCGUCGUCGAAGAGCUCCACGCUGUGCAGUCCACUCGAUCUCAACUUGAUGAUUUUGCCGUCUCAUUCGACAAGGUCGAGCUUGAUGCGAAGAAGCAAGCUCACAACGCACAUGACGAGAUGAACGAGGUUCUUGAGGAAAUUAAAGUUCUUCGUGAGGAUGUCAAAACCAAGGUAGGCGAAGGACUCAACGGCCUAUCAGCCGCCGCUGGUCGCAUAUCCGAAGAAGUUAUUGGGGAAUUUGCCGAGUUUCACUCGCAGCUGCAUUCGUCAUACAGUUCCCUUGGAAGAGACAUCAAAUCCAUGUUCGAGACAAUGACUUCGCAUAUCAAUCAGCAAAAGUGUGAAAUUGACAAGCUCAGGCUCGAGCUCCAGGAGGCCAAUCGUCAGUCGGUGGAAGCCAGUCGCAAAGCAUCCUCAAAUUUGGCGCAAGUCAUGGAGGAGGAGCAGGCUGCGGCGAGAGGCGAGCGUGACUUGCUUAUGUCGCAGAUCAAGGCUUUGAUUGAAGAGUCAAAUCAGCGCCAAGCUGCCCGUUUCAAGGGCAAGUGCGAGGUGGUACGAACAGACAUCUCGGCUGCUGGCGAUUCAUUAGAGCAUGCCACAGCCCACUACGACCGCCAGAUUGAUGAAUGGAUUUUCAAAGAGGAGCAAUUUGCCAAAGACGUCAACGCAUCGAAGGAUGAGAUGAAGUCUAGAAUGCAACAUGAUUGGGAGGCUUUCGAUCAACGCAACGUUACCAUACAACAGGCAACAGAGUCCGUGCAUCAAGAGACUGUGCGCAUUGUGGAUGCUCAGAUGCAGGACAUGAGCAAGCAAAUGGAAGCGCUUGAUGACUUCGUCGCCACAGCCCGAUCACAUAAUGGCCGCUUCCACGAGUCGCAGCUCGGUAGCUUAGACGCCCUGGCCACGAACGGAAGGAGCUCACGCAACCUCAUUCAAGAACAACUGAGUAGUCUUGAAGACCAAGUUGCGCAGCUUCAGGAAGAUGUAGUGAUGUACACGGACGAAAUCGAGCAAGCCACUGCCCCCCUUGAUCGAGAAGUUCGGAAGCCGCUGUCUGAGCUGCGUACCCGCAUUACAAGUCAUUCUAUCAAGGAGUAUGUUCCGACUGGAGCGACUCCAAAGAAGCGCAAGUAUGAGUACGAUACGGAAUUGCCUCGCACGGAAGGGCAUGAUGGAAUUCGUACACGACACAGAACAUCGAAACAAUUCACCGCGCUUCCAUUCAACGAGGAGAUUGAGGAGCCUCCUGUCCCCAGCUCGCCGGCGUCUUCACCCGCUAAGGGUUUUGUUUAUAGCGAUACCGCGGAAGAGGUAGGGAUUCAAGCCCCGUCGUCCGCAACCAAACUCUCCAACACUGGCCUUAGGGAAGUCGAUAUCAAUGUCGCCAAACCAAUCUUGCACGAUAAUGAUGAAGAAUCAGGCUUUGUCAACAAACCUGAGACUCCGACACUUCCCCUUUCUUUGGACCUGGACAGUACACCCGAUCACGACGAGUCAGAGCAGCCGCCUUUGAAGCGUCGCCGCUCCGCGUCCAGUAAUCCUCCGGCGGAGUCCAAGCUGCCUCCCAAACUGAUAUCCAAAAGGAUGGCUGGUAUGAUGGAAGGCCGAGAGAAUGUCCGUCCAUCAAGUUUCACUGGCGGGCGUAGAUUCAGGACCCGCAACGCGGAGUGA